GACUCAUCGUCUUCUUCAUCCCGCAACUUCCAUUAAUCUACUUUCCCAAUUCUCUCUCUCUUCGUCGGAGAAGGGUCCUGUGGAAACCCUAGAAAAAACGCAGAGAUGGAAAAUUCGAAGGUUCCACCGUUUCUUGAACCAAAGAGGAAGAAGAUGCCUACUCUAAAACAACCCGUGACCCAAUUGCCACCACGAAGCGUGAAAAGAGCUUUCACGAAGAACAAAUCUGACCAGGUUUAUGCAAUUUCGAAUCAACUAGAGAUGUCUCCUAAUUCAGAUUCAUCUCCAGGAAACGAGUACAGAGCACUGAGACGCAAGUAUUUGAUGCUGGAGGAAGAUAGUUUCGCAUUGGAGAGAGAAUUAAAGGAAGCUGAGGAUGAGGUUAAAGCACUUGAAGAUGAGAAACUUGAGCUCUUGGACAAACUCGUUGUUAUGGAAGGUUUAGUUGAUGCUCCUUAGAUUCAAAAUCCUAGCACUUUUCUUUUCUUGUUAUUGGCCUAUUCCUUAUGUACAAGCCCCCGCCUUUAUAUAGUAAGUACUAAGUAGUAACAUUGUUUCUGAUUAUAUAAGUUGUUGUGUUUGGAGGUUGGUAUUGAUAUCUCUGAACCUCACUUUGCUGUGCCUUUCAAGGUGAUCAAUACUAAUACAAUGGUGUUUGAACUAAAGACAUAAACUUUUAUACUACUCUUGAGUCAAGAAUCCA